UGGGACUGGGUUUCGGUCGGACUCACAUCACCGUCAUCUUUGGGGAAAUGAAGGCUACGAGGCAAAGUUUCCUCUGGCCUUGCCUUCGCUGCAUAAUAAUACGAACCGUUCUGAGCCUGGCUUCUGAGUCAAGUCAGCCCUGCGCCCUGGCUGAUGGGACUUCUACUUAAAGGGAGAAGCUUUCUGUAACAUGCCGAUCGGUUGUGUCUCUGUCUUCGCUUUGCCCAGCCUUGAGCAUACAUAGUCUUGUUUCUGCUUUACGUGAUACACAAGCAAUUGAAGUAUAAAAGGUCGCUCAGAAGAAGCUCGCCUGCUGGCACACUGAUGUUGAGGUAGUCGAAGUUGAGUAAGAAGCUCGUUGAAUUGUGGGAGCUGGUUCAGGCUGUUCAGCUCGCCGUCAUGGUGCUAGAAUUCUUCCUCUUCGUGCUAGCCUUCCUUGUAUUUUUUUUCUCGAAUACGCCGCCCGCAAGAUGAGUGUUGACUCGUGCGAUUUGGAGAGGAUCUCGUUCAGUUGGAUGCUUUCAGAGGUCGAGGUUCGAUCGACACAUUUGUACAAACUGCAGAGGGCAGAUUGUCACAGUGAUGUCCAUAGCUUGUCACGAGAUGGUGUAGACGGCUUAGCAACGCGUGUUCAUGAGCAAUGCCAUUCUAGAAAGGCCUUUGCAGCGACUGAAAUGGAUUCUAAAAGUGGAGCUGAUCUUACAGGGCUGAAUCAGAUCCUUCUCCGAUUCUCGUACAUCAUAACUACCAUGUAAUAUGUCAGCACCAAGAAAGAUGACGUCAUGUCAUAUCAAGGAAACUAAACCUCAGACAUUGGCUCUCUGAAUAUUUUUUAAGAUGGACAUCUUGAUUUCUCCGAGGGAUCAACUUCGUGGAUGAGACUGACAAAUUACGUAGGCAUGGCGGGCAUGUGAGACCAGGGGCAACUCCCGCCACUUGGCUUGGCAAGAAACAUGGAUAAUGACAUUUCCUUCUCUUUCCAGAUGCUACUCCUCAGCGAACUGAUACUUGAUAACUAGAUACCAAUUCUAUACUAUAUAUCUUGUUUCGUUACAACGGGUAUCUUAUUAUGCAGUCCAUUAAUUUUAUAUAGCUGAAAGGCACAUAUGUACGCUAGGAUUCUGGAAAUAGACAAAUUGAAAAGUAAAUAAAAUUCGCUGAUUGCA